AUGACUCACAGCCCCAGCACCGACAGUCUUAGCAGUGAGGAGCCCUUCUGUCGUAUCUGCCACGAGGGAGGGGGUGUCGGGGAGCUGCUCUCCCCCUGUGAGUGUGCAGGGACGCUGGCCAUGGUCCACCGAGGCUGCCUGGAACACUGGCUCACUGCCUCCAACAGCAGCCGCUGUGAACUCUGCCACCACCAGUACGCCCUGGAGAGACUGCCCAAGCCACUCACUGAGUGGCUGGGCUCACCAGCCAUGCAGCACCAGAGACGGACGCUCUGCGGUGACGUCAUCUGCUUCCUGUUCAUCACACCGCUGGCUAGCCUAUCAGGAUGGCUGUGUGUGCAGGGUGCUAUGGACCUGUAUUUCAGUAACAGUAUGGAGGCUGUUGGACUCAUGGUGCUCACCCUGGCUCUCUUCACCAUCUACUGCUUCUGGACUGUGGUGUCGCUGCGCUACCACAUCCACCUGUUCAGGACGUGGAAACAGACAGACCAGAGAGUUAGGCUACAGAUCCCCCGACCAGCACGAACCAUGCACACACACCACACACUGAACCUCAGCUUCCUUAGCAAGGACACCAGAAAGGAGACUGUGGUGUAGAUGGAGUGGAACUGGGUGUAGUGUCCACGAUACUUUGGCAAGAAGACUGUGAUGUAGCCAGAAUGGGACGGGGUCGAGUGUCACAUUUCUAGUGUCACAUUUAACAGGUCCCCAGUGUCCGGUCUGGAGGGUGAAGUCACAAGCUCUGCUGGUUGGCUACUGCAUAGCAACCUAGUGGUGCCAAAAGCCCUGGUCUGCCCUAAAAGCCUAUGUCAACCAUCGCCAGAACGGUCAAACAUAUAUAUUUUUACGCUCGUUUUGGACUCCAAAAUUUGUUUAUUAUGAUCAAGUUCAAACCCGAUGGUGAAUUAUUUAAAAGUUCGCUACAAAUCGAGAAAUUAUAUUAAAUAGUGAUCCAUUCUGACUGCUACAUUUGUCAUCACACAGGAUCAGGUGCUGACUCAGACCAAUCAGGGACCAUAAAGCUACGAGCAGGCUCUCUCAGGCAGGAUGAAAACGACUACAUCGACCAUGAUCCUUCGCUAGUUACUGCCACUUUCACCAUGAUCCUUAGUGAUUCUUUGGCGCCAUUCAGCAAUAUGGUCCGCUUCAAAUUCAAAUCAUUCCAUGCGCCAUCGGGAGCUUUCAUAGGAACACGUGGAUGACGUCAGCGCUAUCACCAUCUACUGGUUUUAAUGUCUAUGGUUUCCUGGGCAAGGAUACUUUGGUGUAGCUGGAGUGGGACUGGUCCCAGUAUCCACUGUACGCUCAGCAAGGAGACAAUGACAUGGGCAAGCUACUUUGGUGUAGCUGGAGUGGGACUGGUCCCAGUAUCCACUGUACGCUCAGCAAGGAGACAAUGACAUGAGCAAGGAUACUUUGGUGUAGCUGGAGUGGGACUGGUCCCAGUAUCCACUGUACGCUCAGCAAGGAGACAAUGACAUGAGCAAGCUACUUUGGUGUAGCUGGAUUGAAACCAGGCCAGAUCUCACUAAGGAUACAGUGGUGUUGCUGUAAUGGGACUGGGCCCAGUCCUCAUGCUGCUUCAACAAGGAUACAAGGUUCAUUUCUAUUAGAAUAAGGCCCCGUUGCUACACUUUUUUAACAAAGACUUGGAUCAAGGAGACAGCAAUGAAAAUGUUCUACCAAGGAACCUUCAGAGGACCAAACCUUCAUCUGCAGAGAAGACUUUUUAUAUAUUUAUAGACACCAGCCUUUGAGACUUACUCAGUUGGACAUAACUAUUUUCUAAAGACUGUUUUGUAAAAGAGUGAUGAGAUUAAUGACAAUGAAAUUGAUGUCCCACUCCCAGUUGAUGUUGGGCCCAGUUUUUUCCAACCGUUCCCAGACUAUGAAAAAAAAAAAAACUCUUGGACUCUUGUUUAGAAUGACUAGUUAUCGUUCACUAAACACGCUGUUACACCUGCAAAUAACCACCUUAGUUAGACCUGCAAACAUCUUUAAAGGACAUUUCACUCAAAAGGUUUGUUAGAUAUUUGUAGCUAUAUUCCUCAAUGAUGAACACUGUUUAAUUUCCUGGUUUCCUGCUUCUAAACAACCUGUUGUGG